CAACAGAAAGCAAAGGUUGUGGUUGUGGUUGUGAAAGACGCAAUAAAAGACUGAUUCAGACUUCGUGCCAAACACAUCCGCACUCUCAGAUAUCCUUUCACGGCCAUGGAAAGAAACACCAGCGCCACCGGAAGAGACCACAACCCCACCGCCGAUUCCGGCAACGGUGAAGACAACCUCCAAAACUCCAACAAUUUCAACAAGAAGAAAGAAGAAGAUGAGAUCGAAUCUAUAGAAAGAAUCUUUGAAUGCAAGGAGGUACCGCCAUGGCAGACCCAACUUACAUUCAGGGCCUUUGUUGUGAGCUUUGUUUUGGGUGUACUCUUCACCUUCAUAGUCAUGAAGCUCAAUCUAACCACUGGUAUCAUACCUUCACUCAACGUCUCUGCUGGUCUUUUGGGCUUCUUCUUCGUCAAGACUUGGACCAAGUUUCUUGAGAAAUCUGGUCUGUUGAAGCAACCUUUCACCAGGCAAGAGAACACCGUUAUUCAGACAUGCGUCGUUGCCACCUCCGGCAUAGCCUUCAGUGGAGGUUUUGGCAGUUAUCUUUUCGGCAUGAGUGAAUUUAUUGCCAAGCAAUCAACUGAAGCUAACGUUACACAAAAUGUGAAGGACCCAGCUUUGGGAUGGAUGAUUGGAUUUCUUUUUGUAGUUAGCUUUCUUGGACUCUUUUCUGUGGUGCCUCUUCGAAAGAUAAUGAUCGUAAACUUCAAGCUGAUUUAUCCAAGCGGCACUGCAACAGCUCACCUCAUCAACAGCUUCCACACUCCUCUAGGAGCCAAACUAGCCAAGAAGCAGGUGAGAGCUCUGGGAAAAUUCUUUUCAUUCAGCUUUUUGUGGGGUUUCUUCCAGUGGUUUUUCACUGCAGGGGAUGGUUGUGGAUUCGUAGAAUUUCCAACCUUUGGUCUCAAAGCAUAUGAAAACAAGUUUUACUUUGAUUUCUCUGCAACUUAUGUUGGUGUUGGUAUGAUCUGUCCAUACCUGAUCAACAUAUCUUUGCUAGUAGGAGCAAUCCUCUCGUGGGGUAUUAUGUGGCCCCUCAUACAGGACAGAAAGGGCCAUUGGUACCCUGCAGACCUCCGCCCAAACAGUCUCCAUGGCUUGCAAGGUUACAGGGUCUUCAUAGCCAUAGCCAUGAUCCUUGGUGAUGGCCUCUACAACUUCUUCAAAGUUCUUGGACACACUCUAUUUGGGUUGUAUCACCAAGUGCAUGAUAAAAAUUCAGGCACCGACUUGCCACUUGCUAAUCACAGCUCCCUUGUGAAUCCUUCUUUAUCUUAUGAUGACCAGCGCCGGACCCAACACUUCCUCACGGACCAAAUUCCAACGUGGUUGGCAGUUGUUGGUUAUGUCUCUAUUGCGAUUGUCUCUGUUGCGACACUUCCACACAUCUUCCACCAACUGAAGUGGUACUAUGUUUUGGUUAUGUACAUCUUUGCUCCUGUUCUAGCUUUCUGCAAUGCUUAUGGCACCGGCCUUACUGACUGGUCCUUGGCGUCCACCUACGGGAAGCUGGCAAUCUUCACAAUUGGGGCAUGGGCGGGAGCCUCUAAUGGUGGAGUUCUUGCAGGUUUAGCAGCUUGUGGGGUCAUGAUGAACAUCGUCUCCACUGCAUCUGACUUAAUGCAGGACUUCAAGACAGGCUAUAUGACCCUGGCUUCCCCGAGGUCCAUGUUUGUGAGCCAAAUUAUCGGAACUGCAAUGGGUUGUGUUAUUUCACCUUGUGUCUUUUGGCUUUUCUACAAGGCCUUCCAUGAUCUUGGGGUUCCUGGUUCACAGUACCCUUCCCCUAAUGCUCUUAUCUUCCGCAACAUGUCAAUUCUGGGUGUUCAAGGGUUUUCGGCUUUGCCAAAGCACUGCCUCACUCUUUGCUAUGUGUUUUUUGGUGCUGCUAUGGUUAUCAAUGCGAUCAGGGAUGUCGUGGGUAAGAGGAGGGCCAAGUUUAUUCCUCUUCCCAUGGCAAUGGCAAUACCAUUCUAUCUUGGAGGAUACUUUGCAAUUGAUAUGUGUGUUGGGAGUUUAAUACUGUUUGUUUGGACGAAGAUAAACAAGACCAAGGCUGAUGCAUUUGGACCUGCAGUGGCUUCUGGAUUGAUUUGUGGGGAUGGUAUAUGGACUUUGCCCAGUUCAAUACUGGCUUUGGCAGGUGUCAAGUCACCCAUCUGCAUGAAAUUUCUGUCGAGGAAAACGAAUGCAAAGGUGGAUGAUUUCUUACGUUCAUAAGUAUUGAACUAGGUUCAGCAACUCAGAUCUCUGUUUCAUAUGUAUAUAUAUUAUCAUUUUCUUGGUUUUUGAUCCUUUUUUUCUGAUUUUUUUCCCUUUUCCAAAAGGAUCAACUUGGUGCAAAGCACUUAGUUAGGUCGAACCAUUCAUGUCGAAGGACUCAAUGCAGAAUAGUUUUGUGUGAAUGAAGGUGUGCUAUGAAUACAGAAAUGCAUGACUCCCACCUUAUAACAGGUCCUUUUUUUCUUUUGUGUUGAAUGAAUGUGUGUUAUGAAUAUAGAAAUGCACUAUUCCCAACCUUAUAACAGGUUUUUUUUUAAGAGGGU